CAUCACAGGCCCACCCGGACCUCCAGGUCCACCUGGGCUCCCUGGAUCUCUGGAUGUGAUCCCUGAAUUGGAGGUGGGUCAGAAGGGUGAGCCAGGGGAACCUGGUCUGCCAGGAAGAGGGGAAAUUGGCCCCGCAGGUAUUCCUGGACCACCAGGUGAACGAGGUGUGCCUGGACCUCGAGGAGAACAAGGACCAAAG